AUGCCCCCAAAGAACGCCAAUACUACUGUCUGGGACGACAAAGCACGCUCAGAUCUCCUUAUUGCUGUUCUCAACACGGUCAAACCAACCAAGCAGCAAUGGGAUGAAAUCGUCGCCAAAGUGGAAGCCAAGGGCUACCACUACACCCCAAAUGCCGUGCAGCAACACUUGAACAAGCUUCAGAAAAAGAUGGCCAAUGGUGGAAGUGAGCAAAGCACCCCUACCACCCCUGCCAAGAAGCCUCGUGGAGGUAAAGGAUCUACUCCUGCCUCGAAGCGUAAGGCCGCACUCAAGGCCGAGGACGGCGACGAUUCGUCGGAGAUGGAAACGCCGCUGAAGAAGAAAACUCGAAACAAGGCCCAGGCAUUUAUGGGCGACGAUGAAGACGAAGACAGCAAGUUCAAAGUUUGA